CCCUACGGACGCAUGCUUGGAAGACAUGCGCUUUGCGGCAAAGUCCUCCUUUUCUCCACACACGCUUCUAAGCCUCGGCACAUCUCCUCACAUCGCUACUAACUACACUUUAUUCAUCUUCCGUGUCAGGAUAAACUCCACUCGUCUCAGCCACAUUUGGAGAUUAUUAGGCCCGCUUAGCUUGAUAGUUGUUUGAGCGCGCCAAUUAGCUUAGCAUGCUAGUUAGCUUAGCUUGUUAGCCGCUAACAAAGAGACGCGGAUUUGAUCAACACAUCGCUUAGUUAAGAUCAAGUGUGAGUGUAAAGUGUUGUGAUUGUGUGAAAAUGUGCGAAAGAACGAUAGCAAAGUAUGAGGAAGAACUUUGUUGUGUGAAAAUGUGUGAAAGAACGAUAGCAGAGUACAAAGAGGAACUUUCUCGGACAAAAGAAGAGAACGAGAGACUACGUCAACUAUUGGAAGCUGUUUUCAAGAAACCUCAAGUUGUGUUACACAGAACAGAUGUCUGUAAAAAAUAUCGGCCACCUGAGCAGCAGGAGGGGUCCUCCAGUAUGGAGCAGAAGAAGUCACAGUACCUCCACGUGAAAGAAGAGGAGCCAAAGCCCCCCUACUUUAAAGUGGAGGAAAAACAGCGGCUGUCCCCCCACUUCAUAAAGGAAGAGAAGAGACACCUCGUCAGUGUGAAGAGUGAAGAUGAUGAGGUCAAAGACGUCUGUGAAGAACAUCUUCACCCUCAGCAACAGAAGUGGAGCUUCAGGAUGCGGACGGAGGAGCCACAGCCCUCCCACAUUAAGAAGGAAAAGGAAUACCCACUGAUACCCCAUUUUAAAGAGGAAGAGGAAGACCAACUAACACCCCAUUUUAAAGAGGAAGAGGAGGACCCACUGAUACCUCUUUUAAAAGAGAAAUCGGUGAAGAGUGAAGAUGAUGAGGUGAAAGGUGAAAGUGAGGAGAGGGGAGGGGGGGAGCCUCCAAGCAGCAGCUCAACACAACACAUGACAACAGAAGCUGAUGGAGACCACUGUGGAGGAUCACAAGCAGACAAGCUCUUAGCUCCACUAUCAGAUAGUGAGGACACAACGUCACACUCUCCUGACACUGAUGAUGAAGACUCUAAAGAUGAUAAGACAUGUCACACUGACAACACUCACUUCACUUGUUCUCACUGUCACAAAACCUUUAAAUACCAUUGUCGUCUGAAAACACACAUGAGAACACACACUGGAGAAAAACCUUUCUCUUGUUCAAUCUGUGGUAAAGGUUUUACACAAAGUAUCAAUUUGAAAGUACACAUGAGAACACACACUUGUGAAAAACGUUUUUCCUGUUCAACCUGUGGUAAAGGUUUUACACAAAGUCAGAGUUUGAAAAUACAUAUUAGAACACACACUAGAGAAAAACCUUUUUCUUGUUCACUCUGUAGUAAAGGUUUUACACAAAGUAUCAAUUUGAAGGUACACAUGAGAACACACACCAGUGAAAAACCUUUUUCCUGUUCAAUCUGUGGUAAAGGUUUUAGAGAAAGUCAACAAUUGAAAAGACACAUGAGAACACACACUGGUGAAAAACCUUUUUCAUGUUCAAACUGCGGUAAACAUUUUACUCGGAGGCCAGAUUUAAAAGUACACAUGAGAACACACACUGGAGAAAAACCUUUUUCAUGUUCUAUCUGUGGUAAAGAUUUUACUCAGAGGCCACAUUUGAAAGUACACAUGAGAACACACACUGGAGAAAAACCUUUUUCAUGUUCAAUCUGCGGUAAAGAUUUUACUCGAAGGGAAAAUUUCAAAAAGCACAUGAGAAUACACACUGGAGAAAAACCUUUUCCUGUUCAAUCUGCAGUAAAUAUUUUGCGCAACGGCACUAUUUGAAAGAACACGUGAGAACACACACUGGAGAAAAACCUUUUACAUGUUCAGUAUGUUGUAAAAGUUUUUUACAAAGUCAGCAUUUGAAAAGACACAUGAGAAGACACCCAGGAGAGAAAGUGUUGAGUUGCAGUGUGUGUGGUGA